AUGUCGAUAACAAACAAAACAUGUGUACAAUCCAAGCAAGACGAGGAACCUCCUCAACGCACAGUUCUACUUGAUAUAUCACCUCGAUUCCAAUGGGAUCAUGGAAAUGGCUAUUGUGGUGAAGUAUCUCUUCAAUGUAUUGGACUUUACUAUGGUGCUUGGAUUUCUCAAGGUCUCAUUCGUGACAUCAAUAAAGGAUGUUUAACAACAGCAUGUAGUUUUAUUAUACAAAAUAUAGUUAAAUUCAUUCGACGACGACCAACUCAAAAUACAGAAUCAAUAUCUUGUAAGUUUAGUUGUUAG